CCGCUAUAAUUCAACGGAGUAUGCGAAUGAUAUGGCUUUGUCAGAUUAUUCAACGGACUUAACUUCUGGCCUGAACCGCCUGAGGCUGGACGGAAAAUACAGUGACGUCACGAUUAGAUGUGGUGAUCGAACGUACUCCUGUCACCGCGUCGUACUGGCGGCUAUGUCAGAAUUCUUUGAAUGCAUGUUUGAUAGUCCAAUGGAGGAGUCAAUGACUAGCGAAGUUGAUCUAACAGCUUGGAACAUCAGCAAGGACGUGGACAUCUGUGAGAAGGUUCUUCAGUUCAUUUAUACUGGAGAAUCUGCUAUAGACAUGUCCUCCGCUGUACAUCUACUAGACAGCGCAGCCCACUUUCAGAUGGCUUCUUUAAAAGCCGCAUGUCUAAAGUUUCUGUCGAUUAAUUUAAACAAAACCAACUGCCUUGCCGUUUGGCAAACAGCAUCAAUUCAUGGUUUUGGCGAGCUAGAGGCAUUGGCGCUCUCUUUAGUAAAGAAACACUUUCCAGAGAUCUGCUAUAGUGAAGAUUUCUUGGCCCUGAACAGGAAAGAGUACAUUCUAAACAUUCUGAAUGGCCAGAAUGUGAAUUGCCCAGACACAACUGUUAUUUGUAGGGCUGUCAUGUUGUGGAUAAACGCAGAUUUUGACAAUCGUGUUGAUUACAUCGAUGAGAUCAUGAACGCCUUAAACACCCUACCGAUGGAUGUGCGAGACAUCGAGGCUAUCGUGGUUCGAGAACAGUUUGGAGAUAUACACAAGCACUCGGCAUAUCAGAGAGCAGUACAGUCAAUGAAGGACCAGCGUGUCUUUCGCUGUAAUUCAGUAGCAAAACAUGUCACAUUCAGCGAUGAGUCGAUUGUCGUGAUCGGUGGAUCUGAGGAUGAGACCAACCGAGAUGUGCAAUGUUUCAGUUUUCCUCAGAAAAAGUGGUUCACAUUGACUGCUCUACCUUUCGAUGUGGGAUUCGAUUUCGCAGUGUGUUCUGGAGGUGUGCACAUAUAUGUUACCGGCGGAACUACACGCAAGACAGCUUUUUUACGUUACGACGGAGAGCGGAACGUAUGGGAGAACAUGCCGGAAAUGCCAAAUAAAAGACAACGGCAUUGUAUGGCGAUUGUUCGGAACAACUUGUAUGUUUUUGGUGGAUACGACACUCCACAGUCGAGUCCAUAUCGGACCAUAGACAUAUUUGACUUGACCACAUUCAAAUGGAAAACAAGUGGAAAUCAUAUUCUAGCUAUUCCCGUGAGGUCAGCUUCGUGUGUCGUUCUGGGUCAGACUAUCUAUGUCGUUGGUGGUCUGGAUUUAAAAGGAAAUCAGGUCAAUCGAGUUCAAUAUUUCGAUGCAAAGGACAAUCUCUCCGGUGCGGAAUACCAGGUCUUGCCAGUGGAGCCAAACAUCCAAUAUAAGGCGGUGGUGGUCGAGAAUACACUUUACAUUGUUUGCAAAAAUGGCGAUGUGCUGCGGUACGACCCAGGAGCAAACAAACGACCACCCGUUAAUGGCAGGAUAACGAACUUUCCAAGAAAAGACUAUGGCAUUUGUGAAUUUGAAGGCAACAUAUUAGUGCUAGGAGGAACAGUUAAGUUCCAGACGAAAGGUGAUAUGAUCCAGUUCAAUAUCGAGAAAAGCCUCACUGUCUCUAUGCAGGAAGCCAUGCCGGCUCCGAAACGACAGUUCGGUUUGUGUAAGGCGACUGUGAUGAGGCGCCAUCUUAGUAACAUUGAUAAUUGAUUUAUGUGACAAUACAUGCUACCAAUGGUAUUUCACAUAUAUCGACAAAGUGUGGAUAUUCAUUUAUAGAAUAUAUAUGAGAGGGCGAGAAGAAAAAAACCCAGGUCUGAUAAUCCAGUGCCAGUAGAUCGGGUCUUUGGGCAGGUAAAUAUUGGUGACUACUUGGCUGAUUGGCAAAUGUAAGAUUUCUCGUAAGUUUUGCCUUUUUCCUAGAGUAAAAUAUUGCUUAUUCACUAUAAUGUGACCCCUUUGCUUCACCUUUGGACAAGUACUUAUGAACAAAAACUUGCCCAAGGGACCAGUGAUGCUGAAUUUUCCCCGUCCUGUAAUGUAUGUGUCUGUUUGUAUAGCAAAUGAUAUUUGUUCAGGUGUGUGUACGUUUUACAAGAUAUGUAAUGCCUAUUGUAGAUUUAUGCACUUUUGGAAUAUAUUAACAGUGUUAACGUAUAAAAAUAUGUAUAUUUGUUUUGUUCCUUUUAACAUUUGUCACAUUAAAAAGCCGUAAGUAUGGAACCGGAUGCAGACUUCUUUUAUUGUUAAAUAUAUAUAAAAGGACACAUUUCUAAAAUUAGUUCAGUGUUUUAAUACCUAUUGUAGCACAUUUCUAAAAUUAGUUCAGUGUUUUAAUACCUAUUGUAGCACAUUUCUAAAAUUAGUUCAGUGUUUUAAUGCCUAUUGUAGCACAUUUCUAAAAUUAGUUCAGUGUUUUAAUACCUAUUGUAGCACAUUUCUAAAAUUAGUUCAGUGUUUUAAUACCUAUUGUAGCACAUUUCUAAAAUUAGUUCAGGUGUUUUAAUACCUAUUGUAGCACAUUUCUAAAAUUAGUUCAGUGUUUUAAUACCUAUUGUAGCACAUUUCUAAAAUUAGUUCAGUGUUUUAAUACCUAUUGUAGCACAUUUCUAAAAUUAGUUCAGUGUUUUAAUACCUAUUGUAGCACAUUUCUAAAAUUAGUUCAGUGUUUUAAUACCUAUUGUAGAGUGAACUUCUAAUAGCGUGUGAAGUAAACACCGUUGUGAUUAUAGCCUUUUGAUCAGGUCCAUACCUGGGUUCAUUAGCCUAAUCAACAGUUGUUUGUUUUUCAGGUUAAAAUCAUGUUCAUAGAACUAACCAAUAUCAAAGAACUUAAUAUAAUAUGUGUGGUUUUAUAUGAAUGUUUUAAACUUUUCAUAUAUUUGAAAUGAAGUUAUCUUAAUGUUGUGAAAAUAAAAUAUGAAACAUU